GUCGUCCAUGAGAAAUUUCAGACAAGUGUGCCCAUCGUCCCUGCCGUGUGCGACACAUGCCUCUGGUCUGCCGCCCCGAACAGUCGUCGCCGUCGCCGCCACUGCCGCCACCGCCGCCACUACCGCAAUCGUCAAUCGUCCGCGUCCCGUCGGUGAUCCAAUUAUGAUGUAACCGACAGCAAGCGGACAAACGGAAAUCCAAAAAUCAUGAAGGGUUUGUCAAAAUGCCGAACGCACACGUUCGUGUCGUCUCUACUGCAAGCCGGGGCAAUGAUUUAUUUGAUCGGCGGCCAUGGCAUACCCAUCACAUCUGCAAACGGAGCAGGAGACGUUAAAGUGACGUUGCCGUCCAGAAAUGAAGCUACAAAUCCUUUAAAAGAGCCGACGCCGAGCACCUUACAAGGAGCUUUCAUGGUCCAAAACUUGACAGACGCCGGAAACGGCAGUCCAACACCGUCCACAGUAACGGAAGCGAACCCGCAAAAACCGAGCACUACCACAGCCGACCACUCUACCGUUGGACACACCGCGUCAGAAAUCGACAAGAACGCAACUAAAGCGACCACGGUGUCCGUUGACCACCGCGACGAAGUAUACACGGCGGCCAUUGAUAUCACUAACACACCGAAACUAGUUACAACGGCAAGCGCUACCGUGGAUACCGUCGAGCUGGACGCCUCCACCGCCACUACAGACACCGUGGACACCACUACGGUCGAGCCGACCACCGUCGAAUCGCGAAGGGUCGACGACGGUACCACCGUGGAGACGCCGCAAAGUGUCGGCGCGACCAAGUCGAACCCGAACUUCGACUUGAACAACAAGAAUCUGGCGAAAAUGCUGAAGAGUUGGUUUGACAUCGAAGACGACGGUGACGUCCACGGAGGAUACUACAAACUCACCAAGUACUUGAAGGACGCGACGGCCGCCAAGAGUCCCGGCAAGAAUUUGUUCGACCGAUGGGACGAGGCCAGUGACGAGCAAGAGCGGCUGCUCGAGGAGGCCAUGCGCACUGCCGACCCCGAAAGCUCCGUGCUGGCCGCCGACCAGAACAACCCCAGCCGAUGGUUCGUGUUGCUGUUGACGGGCAACUCGACGGUGGCGCAAAUGAGGCGUAGCGAUUUCGCCAAGUACCUCAAGCUUAACCUGGCCGCCAGGCUGUCGCUGCAAUACGACGAGAUCAAGAUAAACCGCGUAUUAGUGGUGCCCCCGCGACUGAUGGUCAACGUAAGCGUGGUGCCGGCCGAACAGGCUGAAGACAGCGUUGAAGAUGAUCCGCUACACAAUCUGGUAGAGACCAACGCUACUCUGAUGGAACUGUCCGGAGAAGAAUAUCGGGUGGAACGAUUCAUGUCGCUGAAAUCGCAUAAGCCGCAAUCGUUGGAGGAAAGCAACGCGGUCGUCAGCACCCGGCACAGCGACAUAGACUUUUUCAUAUACUCCACCGUCGGGCCGCUAUGCUUCCUCGUCAUACUCGGGUUCUUGUUGUUGUCGCUUUACAAGUACGUGCGCAAGCACCCGGUGCAGUGGCCGUGGAAGCGCAAGAUCGCUAAGCCGUCGUUCAUGUCGCCGUGGUCGGGACAGCGGCACCGCCGGAUGGACGAGUGCGCGGCCGACGAGGGUUCUUCCGUCAACGUCAUCUACUCCGGCGAGUUCGAGCAGAGCCAACAGCAGCAGCUGUCCGGCUCGUGGCUGGACGACGCCAACUUCGCGCCGGACGACAGCCUGGACCGAAUACGCACCCCGGCGCUGCAGCAGCGGCCCGGACCCAAGAACAAGGCGGUCACGGAACUGCUGUGCGAGACCACCGCCGCCGCUCCGGUACACCAAAGCCCCCGACUGAGCAGAGAGAACAAAUUGCGCAUUCUGGGAUGCAAGCAUUCGUGUCUGUUGCUUCCGCCGCAACCCGUACAGCAACAACAUCAGAUCACCGACACGCCGUCGCCGCAAUCGCAAAACGACGCCGAACCCUAAGCGGCGGCAGGCAUUAUGCUUGGCUAUAUUAUUUGAAAUUCCUACUAUUCCAUUUUUACAUAAAUUAUUAAUUCUAACAUUUUUUUUUAAAAUUAUUAUUAUUGUUUACCGUUAGAAUUUACAUUAUUUGUUAUAACUACAAUGAAUGUACAAAAAAAAAAAUUAUCAAUAGUACGAUAUUCUAAUUACGUAACUGGGUUUGAAUUUGUAAAAAGAAGCAAUUUAAAAUUAUGCCUUUUGUAACGAUAUAAGCAAUUGUUUUCGAAACAAAACGUUUAUAUUGUACCAUAGCUUAACUUUAAAAUGUUUUUAAUUGACUUUUUUUUGUGGAAAAAAAAAGGUUCAAAACCAGUUAAGCCUUUACUGCAUAAUGUUCCAUAAAUGGAACAAUUGUAUUUAUUGUUUAUAUGUGCUCAUGCUAUACAUCUUUGUAUGCACAAUGUUCCAUAUAAUGUUCCAAAUUCUUUAAUUAGCGUUUUCCAUGAAAAAAUUAUUAAAAUUUUUUUAAGUAGUAUUAAGUACAUUUAUAGCAUAUGGUAAAAAAAAAAAAGUUCAUGCAGUGAAGGGUUAAGCCACCGGAAUAUUGUACUAUUAAUCAUUUAUAACAACAUUUGCUGUAGUUUUAACAAAUAAUGUAAAUUUUGGCUUGGUAACGUUUUAAAUCCUUCGUUAAAGUUUUAAGUGGAAGGAAAGUAUAAUUAAACUACUGCGAGACAUGCGGAGCUUUACAGCGGCUUAAUAUUAGACACGUGUAAUGCCUAUUUGAUCAUAUUUGUUUCGGAAAAUAUUAAUAAAAAUUCCAUUCCGGCGCUCCGGAGUGUCGAUAUGCAUGGCGGAAUGCAUACAUACCAAAACGCUGUGCACGGUGUACUUAAUAAUUUACGCGACUGGUUAACACGAUCGAACGAACACGACUCGUUUGGUUUUGAAAUAAAAGUGAUUUUUUUGUUUUAUUAGUUAUUUUUUUUCUGUACUUUCGUAAAAAUAAUAUUAUAUUCCGUAAUUAUCAAAAUGUUAGGUUAUUACUUUGGAGUUUGCUAGAAUUUAGUAAAAACACAAAAAUAUACAAAAAAACACUAUGUCUCAGCUUGUCACGCGAUUGCGGUCGACUUUCUUCUGCUGUUUGUAUUCAUCACUUUCCGCCGCAAGUUGCAUACUACAACGUUUGGCCAAUAUCGUCCAUUAUAUGUAGGUAGUUAAGUUAUCACUUUUGAUAGCAGAUCUUAUGCUAUUUUAUCGGUAAUGCGUCGCGAAACUUUUGCAAAUGCGGUGUAUUAUCGGGUUUUGUAUUGUAUAACAUUAUGUAGGCGUUUGAACUUAAGUGCCAAGCGGCGAUUAACUCGCAUGGCGUUAUUAUCACACGAUGGCAUUGUAACAUAGUAAUGCUUGACGGGUUAAUUUAAAAGCCAACUAUAGGCACUGCAAUUAAAUUAAAUAAAUUAUGUAAAGGUACCUAUAUGUAUUAAUUAAACUACAUACCUAAUAAUUAAACACCGCCUAAGAAACCAUUAUAUUUUGUUGCCAGCAUUCUACACGAAUUGAUAACAAAUGUUAAUAAAAAAACUAAAGUUUCCCAUAUCAAUUUUGUUUUUAUUUGACAGCUGAUGAAAUUUCGUUUGUGAUUGAAUGAGUAUAAUUGUUAUUGAAAACGAGCACAAGAUAAUUUUUUAUUCGCGAAUAAAUAUCACUAAUGCAAAAUUCGACUUUACCACUUUUGUUUACCGUUUGGUUCACAUUUUAGCAUAAACAAAAAAAAAGAAUAUUUACGUGUUUUAAUGUUUAGUAAAUAAUUAAAAACACAUAUUAUAAUUAUUUUUUUCUAAAAAAAAAUUGCUUAGGUACAAAAAACGUGUUUCUUUACACUAACUAAAUAUUUCCAUUGCGUAUAACUUAAAAAUAUUACAUAAUAUAAACUACUAAUCGAUUAAUUAAAAAAAAAUGUAUUUUCAUAUAUUUAUUGUUAGCAGUUAUUAUUUGUUGUAUUUCUUCAAUACCUCAACGACAUAGAUAAAAUAUUUUGAGAUAAUAUUCUAAGUAAACGAACGUCAUUAAAUCAAAAUUGUAUUAUUGAACAUUUUUAUUGUAUUUAUUUAUAA